AUGCCCAUCAAACGCAAGGCACGGCGCUCCUCCAUUGGCAUGUCAAAGAAACCCAAAGUAUCUUUGGCUCUUGUGCCGUGGGAAUGGAGUCGGUGGGCGAAUAUUGAGCCCCAAGUACAGCAACCCUUGUUGAAUUUUUUUGGUGUCAAGAUUGAGUCAAAUGAUCACUUUGAUAACUUGAAGGUUGUCGAAUAUGAAGCCUGGAUAAGAAGGAUGUUCCAACAUCAAGCAUUCGACAAAGUGAAGCAGACAAAGCUUCAGUAUGAAUCUGAAAUCGACAAGAUGCAACAGAAACAUGCUUUAGAACUAGAGAACAAAGACAGGCUGAUUGCAGCCCUUCUCAAGAGGAUUCCAAAGAAAUUUUGA